CUGGGUGGCGAUCGCUUUUCUGCAGUCGUCCCGUCCCGAAUUUAUUUUAACAUUAUUUUAUUAAAAAAUUUCAUGACGUGUUGUUGAUUUGCCUGCAUUCUAUUUUUUUUUAUCAACUAGAUUCUUUCAUUUAGUUAUUAAUUAUUCUUAGUAAAUAAUUUUAAAUAUAAAAACUAAAAAUGUUACAUCAAAAUAAAAAUAAGUGACAUAAAAAUAUAAUGAAAUAUUUUUUAUACUUUAUUUUAUAAUUAUAACUAAUUUUAAUAAUUUUAUUAAUCAAGUAAUCAUCUAGAAAAUAACUUGCAGCAUAAAAACUUUAUUCUUUUUCCUUGUGUAAUAUGGGGCAUUAAAGUACUGGAAUAAGAUAUAAAAAAUAAAAAAAAUCAAUUCAUGCAAAAAAAUACUGAACUGAUUAAAAAAAAUCGACCAUAAACAAAACAAAAAUGGGAAUAUUUGGUUCGGAUGAUGUGCACUUCAAGAACCAGAAGUACCAUGCUCUUCGCAAGCAGGCACAAACCAGUGGUGUCCUUUUCCAAGAUCCAGAAUUUCCUCCAUCAUCUCAGUCAAUUUCGAAGAACGGAAAUCUUGGCAGGAACAUCGAAUGGAAACGACCAAAAGAGAUAUGUUCCGAUCCUAAAUUAGUGGUGGACGGGAUCAGUAGUCAAGAUUUGAUCCAGGGAGAGCUUGGUAACUGUUGGCUUGUUGCUGCCUGUUGCUGCCUUGCUAUUGACAAGAGUGUUUGGUCUCAAGUGAUCCCAGAUGUAAAGGACCAGGAAUGGGAUGCAAAGCAACCAGAGAAAUAUGCUGGCAUUUUUCACUUUCGUUUUUGGAGGUACGGAGUGUGGACCGAUGUGGUCAUUGAUGAUUUGUUGCCUUGUCGACGUGGUCAACUUGUUUAUUUGAGAUCGAAAGCACAAAAUGAAUUUUGGAGUCCUCUGUUAGAAAAAGCUUAUGCCAAGUUGAUUGGUAGUUACGAGGCUCUCGAUGGAGGCGAGUUGUCAGAAGCGCUGGAAGAUUUCACGGGCGGUGUCUCAGAAACUUUCAACUUACAGGAAGAAAAAUAUUUUCAAGAUGUCAACAAGAAGGAAGAAUUUUUUGAAUGGCUCGAGAGGCAGUUAAGUGAUCAUGCUCUCAUGGCGGCUGCUAUUCCUGCGGUGACAAAGGACGACAUGGAGAAAGCGACGGACACAGGCCUAGUCAUGGGACACGCCUACUCGAUCACUGCCAUCAAAAAGGUGGGCAUGAAAGGGACAGGUCUGUUUAGCUUUUUGAAACGAGAAAAGCUGGCGAUGAUUCGAUUGAGGAAUCCCUGGGGUGGCUCGGAAUGGAAGGGGGCCUUCAGUGAUGGGUCUGAGGAGUGGUCCAAAAUAACGAGCAAAGAAAGAAGCAACAUUGGUUUGACGUUUGACGAGGACGGGGAGUUUUGGAUGACGUUUGAUGAUUUUGUGACCAACUUUAUCAACCUUGCAGUCUGCCACAUGCUCAAUCUCAGUCUCUUCAGUUUACAAAAAAGGUGGCACGCAUCAACAUUGGAUGGUGAAUGGUCCACUCCGAAUCGGGCAGGUGGCUGUAUUAACAACAGAGAAUCAUUUCUUGAAAAUCCUCAGUUUGCCUUCAGCAUGACUGACGACGAAAACGAAGUCAUCCUGGUUCUCACGCAGAAGGACACGAAGGAGAAGAAUGCUGAGAGAUCCGUCAUUGGAUUCACCAUCCUUAAGGUUGAAGAGAACAGGAGAUUUCGACUGCACACAAUCACAACGGUGAUUCAGUCGUCAGUCUUCCGCAACAGUCGCAGCGUCCUACUGAGGAGGAAGUUGGAGCGUGGACGCUACGUUGUCGUUUCGUGCAAGUUCGAUCCCGGUCAGACAGGUGCCUUCCUUAUGAGGUUCUUCCUCGGAUGCAACGCAAGAGCUCUGUACGUCAGUCAAUAA